UAAGCUCAAUUAACGGUUUAACACGACAACAAGACCAACGAAACGGCCGUACCUGAAAUUACGAUAUGGUGGGACCAAAUUUCUGUAUAAUAUCCAACCAUCGGAAUUAAAUUAAUCACGCCUUCACUCCCGGCCCUCUCUUCCCUUUAUAUACGUACCUCAACAUUCUAUGAGAUUCCCAUCCCAAACAUUUUCAUUUUCCCCCCAAAAAUCACGAAAAAAAAAAUCCAAAAUACUCGAUUUUUUUUAUACAAUGUUUAUGUUUACUCCUUUGAAUAUUUUCUUCGUUUGCGUAUUUUUAUUUCAUCUCGCCGUCGUUUCUGCCGUAUCGGGCUCGUUAUCGCAUGUUCGUGACCCGGACCUGGUUGUCGACGAGGUCCAGAGGAGCAUAUUCAAUGCGUCGAGGAGGAGCUUAUCAUACCUUUCGUGCGGAACCGGAAACCCUAUCGACGAUUGCUGGAGGUGCGACCCUAAUUGGGAGAAUAAUCGUCAGCGGUUAGCCGACUGCGCCAUCGGCUUCGGGAAAAAUGCGAUGGGAGGCCGAGAUGGUCGGAUCUACGUGGUGACCGAUCCCGGAGACGACGAUCCCGUUAACCCUAGACCCGGAACUCUAAGAUAUGCAGUGGUGCAAGAGGAACCGUUGUGGAUCAUUUUCAAGAGAGAUAUGGUCAUAAGGCUCAAGAAAGAACUCAUCAUAUCCUCUUUCAAGACCUUGGACGGUAGAGGAGCGAGUGUUCACAUAACCGAUGGGCCAUGCAUAAAGAUACAUUACGCAUCGAACAUCAUCAUCCAUGGCAUCCACAUACAUGACUGCAAACGCGCGGGAGGUGGCAUGAUCCGGGACGGUCCACAUCACACUGGGUGGUGGAUCCCAUCCGACGGCGAUGCGGUGGCGAUAUUCGGAGGGCGACACAUAUGGGUCGAUCAUUGCUCGUUGUCGAAUUGCGAGGAUGGUCUCAUAGAUGCCAUACAUGGAUCGACGGCCAUAACCAUAUCGAACAAUUACAUGACGCAUCAUGAUAAGGUUAUGUUGUUAGGUCACAGUGACACUUUCACGCAGGACAAGAACAUGCAGGUCACUAUUGCGUUUAACCAUUUUGGCGAGGGAUUGGUCCAGAGAAUGCCACGAUGUCGACAUGGAUAUUUCCAUGUGGUGAACAAUGACUACACUCACUGGGAAAUGUAUGCAAUCGGCGGCAGCGCUUCUCCGACAAUAUACAGCCAAGGCAACAGAUUUCUCGCUCCCAAUGAAAGAUUCAGGAAAGAGGUGACGAAACAUGAAGACGCUCCCGAGAACGAGUGGAGAAAUUGGAACUGGAGAUCGGAAGGAGAUUUACUUCUCAACGGGGCAUAUUUCCGGCAGUCCGGCGCCGGAGCACCGUCCACAUACGCUAGGGCCUCGAGCCUAAGUGCGAGGCCGUCAACCCUGGUGGGUCCCAUGACGACAGCCGCCGGCGCCCUUAACUGCCGGAGAGGCCGUCGUUGUUAAAACCUGCAGACGGCGCCCACAUAUGAUAAAUACCCAAGAGAUAUAAAACAUCGUGAUUAUUAUGACAUGAUACAAUGAUCCAUGUGGUGAUCGAUUAAUGCUUUUUUAAAGGUUGAGUCGAGGUGGAAGUCUGUUUGCAAUGAUUGAUGUCUUAAUGCAAUCUUCCGUUAUGUCUCUAGACAUUUCGAGAGAGAUGUUUCAGUUAUAAUUCCACUCU